GGAGUGGAAAGUCGCCUUCGGUUUUUGACCGGAAGUGUCAAUACGGACUCUGCUAGUACGGAACUCUAUAGAGUCAUUCCUCCCGCCUUCCUCUCUUUCUAGCUCUGGGUUAUCUGUCCACAGCGAGGACCCGUAGAGAGGCGGGGCGUCGAGGGAAAGUACCUCCCCCCGACAGCUCGUAGUUUCCUGCCGAACGUUGGGGACGUAGAAGGGUCUGCGGAGGAGCGGGAAGGAGACUCGAGGAUGUUCCGCAUCGAAGGGCUGGGACCGAAGCUGGACCCAGAGGAGCUGAAGCGGAAGAUGCGGGAGGACGUGCUCUCCUCGAUCCGCAACUUUCUCAUCUACGUGGCGGUGCUUCGCGUCACUCCCUACGUAUUAAAGAAGCUGGACAGCAUAUGAGAAGUGCUUCACAGAUAGCCUGGGAAUGGAGGACCAAGCUGCACUGCUGUUUGCAAGUUUUGCCAAACUGGUCAAAACAUUUCUUACGAUGAUUGUGAAACUGGUGAAUGCCAGAAAAGAAUGUUAUCCUUUCCCCCGCAUCAGACUUUGGAGCAUGCCUUUGUUCUCUCCAUGUGUCAGAAUGAAGCUUCUUUAUGCUGGUAUCUGGUUUGAAGAUCUUAUCCACCCUGAUGUGGAGAGCAAUGCUAAACAGAGUGCUUUGGAAUACAGCUACCUCUGAGCUGUCACAGUGAUGCUGUUGUCACUUGACUGUCCUAAGACGUGUCUCGUGAAGGCUUGUGCAAUAUUUGAAUGGUUGAAAUAAAAUGGAUUUGUCUGUGCUGAAA